AUGGGGAUGGAAAUUGUAUUGAUUUUAAUGCUAGUGUUGCGUGCCCAUGUGGUGUGCCUGACUUAUAGGUGCAGCAUCUUUCAUCCAUAUCCUCCAUAUCACAAGUACCAUCAUGCAGGAGACCUUAUGGUAGGUGGAAUUUCAUCUCAACUUGGUCCAGUUUCUGAAGACAUUACCUUUGAAAAUCAUCCCUCACCAGUAUUGCCUGGACAGUUUAUUGGAGUUCCUAAGAAUUACCAGCACAUCCUGGCUUUGGCUUAUGCAGUAAAGGAGAUCAAUGAAAACCAACAAAUCUUACCCAAUCUCACCCUGGGCUUCCAUGUUUAUGAUAGCUAUGACAUUGCUCAAAGAACCUAUCAGGCCACCAUGCUACUUCUAUCAGCAACUGAAAGACUUGUCCCCAACUACCUAUGCAACAUCCAGAAUAAAGUCAUAGCUGUUAUUGGAGGACUGGAUGCUGAAAUCUCCCUUCACGUGGCAACUCUCUUGGAUAUCUAUAAGAUUCCACAGCUCAUUUAUGGUUCUGCGCCGAUAAUGAAUGAUAAAACUCCAGGCCUUUCCUUUUAUCAGAUGGUUCCCCCAGAAGAACUUCAGCAUAAAGGCAUUCUCUCACUGCUCCUGCAUUUUAAUUGGACGUGGAUUGGGAUUCUUAUCAUGGACAAUGACCAGGGAGAAAAAUUUGUAGAAACAGUGAUUCCUCUUUUUUCCAAAAAUGGGGUUUGUGUUCCCUUCACUCACAGACUCCCCAAAGUAACUGAUUUCAGUAGUAUUGAUCACGUGAUUAAUCAGGCAGGAAAAAUCUAUGAUGUUAUUAUGGAUAAUAAGGCGAAUGCAGUGGUGUAUAAUGGAGAAUCUUUUGCAAUGGGAAAUUUGUUAUGGUUUCAGCAUAUUCCAAAUAUAUUAGAGGUGAAAAGUAAACCAAAAGGUAUUGUUUGGAUUAUGACAACGCAGAUGGAGUUCAGUUUAAUCCCUGUUCAACGUGCUUGGGAUCUCAAAAUAAUUGAUGGUGCCCUUUCCUUCACAGUGCAUUCCACUGCUCUACCAGACUUUAGAUCAUUUGCUAAGAAACAAAACCCAUUCAGCGCAAAUAAAGAUAUAUUUAUCAGACAGUUCUGGCAAGAAGCCUUUGAUUGUGUAUUCCCAGAUACAACUAUGAGUGAUGUACAGGAGAAUAUUUGCAAUGGUAAAGAGAAUUUGGAGAGCCUUCCUGGGACUCUUUUUGAAAUGGACAUGACUGGCCACAGCUACAGCAUCUACAAUGCUGUUCAUGCUAUAGCUCAUGCUUUACAUGCUCUGUCCUCCUCUAGAAAUACUGACAGAACAAUGAUGAGUAAAGGAGGAAGGAAGAUUCAUGGUCAAGACUUCUGUAAGUUCCACUAUUUUUUGAGAAAUGUCGCUUUUAACAAUGGUGCUGGGGAACCAGUAUCCUUUGAUCAGAAUGGGAUUGUAGCAACUGGAUUUGAUAUUCUAAACCUAAUAGCUUUCCCAAACAAUUCAUUUCUUCACAUGAAAGUUGGAAAUGUGGAUCAUUCAGCAUCUCCAGAUAAAAUAUUAACCAUCAAUGAUGACAUGAUUACAUGGCACAGCUGGUUUAACCAGGUGAUACCCAUCUCUGUUUGCAGUGACAGCUGUUAUCCUGGUUCCAGCAAAAAGAUGAGGAAAGGAGAAGAAUUUUGCUGUUAUGACUGCCAGCCAUGCCCAGAAGGGAGGGUUUCAACUGAGAAUGACAGAAAUGAAUGUUCCAGAUGCGAAGACAAAUUCUAUCCAAACAAGAAACACAAUUUUUGUAUUCCCAAAAGUAUUAGUUUCUUGACCUACAAAGAGCCAUUGGGAAUCAGUUUAGCCUGUCUUGCACAUUCUUUUUCUUUGACUACUGUUCUUGUGCUUGGAGCAUUUAUAAAGCAUCACGAUACUCCCAUUGUGGUAGCCAACAACCGGGACCUGUCUUAUACUCUCCUCAUUGCCCUCCUGCUCUGCUUCCUUUCAGCACUGCUAUUCAUUGGCAAACCAGGAAAAUUUACCUGUCUCCUAAGACAAACAACUUUUGGUGUGGUCUUCUCAGUGGCUGUUUCUUCUAUUUUGGCAAAAACAAUCACAGUGGUUUUGGCUUUUAUGGCCACCAAACCAGGAUCCAGGAUGAGGAAAUGGGUGGGGAAAAAAUUAACUAAUUGCAUUAUUGUUUCCUGCUCCCUGAUCCAAGCAGGCAUUUGUACUCUUUGGCUGAUAUUCGCUCCUCCAUUCCCAGAUGUUGAUAUGUUCUCAAUUACUGAAGAAAUUAUCCUGCAAUGUAAUGAAGGCUCUGAGACCAUGUUUUAUUGUGUCAUUGGCUACAUGGGUCUCUUGGCUCUUGUCAGCUUCACUACAGCUUUUCUUGCCAGGAAAUUACCUGACAGUUUCAAUGAAGCCAAGUUCAUCACCUUCAGCAUGUUGGUCUUUUGUAGUGUUUGGUUGACUUUUGUCCCAGCAUACCUGAGCUCCAAAGGGAAAUACAUGGUGGCUGUGGAGAUCUUUUCCAUCUUGACCUCUAGUGCUGGGCUUUUGGGUUGCAUCUUUUUUCCCAAAUGUUAUAUCAUUGUGUUUCGACCUGACCUGAACAACAGGGAUCAACUAAUGAGAAAAAAGGACUGAUUAAUAUAAUCACUCUUUUAUUCUCUUUCAAAUUUUAAUAUAAAUGUUUCAUUCUUAUACAAUAUAGAAUAUUCAUAAACUGUGCCUUUCAGAUAGUGAUUUAUAUAAUUAUUUGCAUUUUCUAAAUAUUCUAACAUUUAAUUAAAAGAGAAUGAUGCA